GAGCAGGAGGUGUAUCUGAGGAAGAAAAUUACUUUGGUCCGAGCCAUUUCACUGCAAAUUGGAACAAUAAUAGGCGGUGGGCUAUUCAUCUCUCCAAAAGGUGUUCUAAUAAAUUCUGGGAAUAUUGGGACAUCGCUCAUCAUCUGGGUGGCCAGUGGAAUACUUUCCAUGUGUGGAACUCUAUCUUAUGCAGAACUUGGAACAAGCAUUAAGAAAUCCGGUGGUCAUUACACCUACCUUCUGGAGACACUUGGUCCCUUACCAGCCUUUCUAGAGUUAUGGUCUGAGAUCAUUAUUAUCAGGCCAGCAAACAGUGCAGUUAUUUCCUUGGCAUUUGGACGAUACAUCAUCGAGCCCUUCUUUGCCCCUUGUGAAGCUCCAGUCUUGGCAAUAAAACUUGUGACUGCUGUUGGAGUUUCUCUGGUAGUGUUCUUAAACUGCUGGAGCGUGAGUUGGACUUUCCGGACUCAGACCAUCCUCAUGUACGCUAAGCUGGUAACGAUUGGACUGAUCAUCAUUCCAGGAAUGAUAGCUUUGGCCCAAGGUCACUCUGACAACUUCCAGAAUGCUUUUGAUAGCAGUUCUAUUACAUUGGACAGGAUCCCACUAGCUUUCUACUCUGGCAUGUAUGCUUACAGUGGCUGGUUUUAUAUCACCUUUGUCACAGAAGAGGUGGUUAAUCCAGAAAGGAAUAUUCCUCUGGCAGCAAUUUUUUCUCUGACACUUGUUACUGUGCUCUACCUGUUCACCAACAUGGCUUAUUACACAGUAUUGACAGCUGACGAGGUGUUGGCAUCUCCGGCAGUUGCUAUGACUUUUGGAUCUCACGUCCUAAAGGAGUUCUCCUCAGUGAUUUCAAUCCUCGUGGCCCUGGCAUGUGUUGGGACGCUAAACGGUGGGAUGUUUGCUAGUACCAGGGUGUUGUUUGUGGCUUCCAGAGAAAACCAGUGGCCAGUCCUCUUCUCCAUGAUCCACGUCCGAAACCAUGUUCCUCUUCCAGCUGUGCUUUUACUGUACCCACUGAUCAUGCUGAUGAUCUUCAUCGGAGAUCUGUAUGACUUGCUGAAUUUCUACAGCUUUCCCAACUGGCUCUUUAUGGGACUUGUAACCUUCGGCCUCAUCCGGCACCGCUACAAACAUCCCAAUCUGCCUCGGCCUUUCAAGGUUCCGAUCAUCUUUCCUGUCAUCUUUACUGUCGUGUGCCUGUUCAUUGUGACCAUGUCCCUUUACUCGGACCCUUUUAACACAGGGGUUGGCUGUGCCUUAACCCUAUCUGGCGUGCCUGUCUAUUACCUGACAGUGCAUAGAUCCCAAACACCAGCCUGCUGCAGAAGAGCAUUUUACUUCCUCACUGAGAAGCUGCAGAUCCUGAUGGAAGUGAUGCCUCAGGAAACUGACACACUGAGGGGCUGAGGAAGAGCGUACCACCACCAAACCACUGCAAGAAUCAUCUCAUAGUGCAAGUGUCCUCAUCUCAUCGUACGGAUAUGAUCACCUGAGACGCGUACUUUUUACUUUACCACAUCACAUCAGUCAGAUACUUAUUGAAACUAUUUAAAUAACUAAU